AUGUGCCACUUUCAGGUCUCCUCACACUGCUGGUGUGUUGAAUUUUUUUUUGACAUAGGGUGCUGGCAGAUUACGGGCCUCCCAUUGCUGCUGCUGCCAGGCACGUAAUCUGCCAUGGGCCCCCGUACCGACUCCUCAUGCUGGUGCUGGCAGAUUACGGGCCUCCCUCCCAUAGCUGCUGCUGCCAGGCCCCUAAUCUGCCAUGGGCCCCUAUACCGCCUCCUCAUGCUGCUGCCAAGUCCAGAGUCUCUCAUGGGUCCCUGUACGGCCUCCCAUUGCUGCUGUCUCCAUCGCCACACUCUGCCAUGUGCCACUUUCAGGUCUCCUCACACUGCUGGU